AUGGCCAGCGACAAUUCCAGCGAUGAUGAACUAGAAUCCUUUCUGGAAAAUAAUGUUAAUAGAAAUGUCGAGCACAUUGUAACAAGAAAGAGUAUACCUCAGCAGAGAGACCUCUUCGGCAAGGUCCUUCCGAACCAACAACGGUACUAUGAAGAAGUACAGACAAAUGUUACGUAUGGGCCCACGCAUCAUGAGCUCAACAUGGACUCUCUAGGAACGUACAUCUACCCAACAAACUACGAGGUACGAGAAUAUCAAUUCGAGAUCGUGAAGAAGGCUCUCUACGAAAAUCUGAUUUGUGCCAUCCCUACAGGUACAGGUAAAACGUUCAUAGCCAGUACGGUGAUGUUGAACUACUACCGGUGGACAAAAAAAGCUAAAAUCAUAUUUACGGCGCCCACAAGGCCCCUGGUAGCCCAGCAGAUCAAGGCCUGCUUGGGUGUCACUGGAAUUCCUCACAACGACACCGCCAUUUUGCUGGACAAGACGCGGAAGAACAGAGUAGAGAUCUGGGCCUCGAAAAGGGUUUUUUUCACCACACCGCAAGUUGUGGAAAACGAUCUCAAAAGAGGCGUGUUGGACCCCAAAGAGGUGGUGUGUUUGGUGAUUGACGAGGCGCACAGAGCACGAGGCGCAUAUUCCUACGUUGAGAUCACAAAAUUCAUGGAUCGGUUCAAUACAUCCUACCGUCUCUUGGCUUUGACCGCAACACCGGCAGCAGAUCUAGAAGGUGUACAAGAAAUUGUUCAGAAUCUGAAUAUUUCCAGAAUCGAGCAGCGAACGGAAGAUGAUGCGGAUGUUUCUCGUUAUAUGAAAAGGAGGUACAAGGAAGAGAUAGACGUUGGCCUGAUUCCUGAAAUUGAGGAUAUUAUAGAACAGCUUGGUCUGGCUGUUACACCGGUUCUCAAAGAGGCCGUGGAGCUGGGACUUUAUGAUGACUGCCAUCCUUCACAGAUAAAUGCAUUUGUCGCGUUGCAGAAAAGUCAGAAGCUCGUGGCCAACCCUUCCAUACCAGAGGGAGUCAAAUGGAGGAAUUUCUUUAUUUUACAGCUUCUGGCUCAUGUUGGGCAUAUGCUGAAAAGACUAAAGAUUUAUGGGAUACAGUCUUUUUACAGAUAUUUCGAAAACAAACACAAGGAGUUUACAACCAAGUAUGGAUUGGGGAAAUCAACUAAUAAAACUGCCGCAUCUUUUUACUACAACCCGAUUUUGAAGACUGUGAUGAAAACUUGCGAGCAUCUUUUGGCGAAGCAAGACUUUCUAGGGCAUGAUAAAUUGAGACUUCUUCGACAGGAGCUUCAGGAAUUCAUACAGGAUUGCCAACCAAGUUCAAGGGUCAUUGUCUUUACCGAACUGCGAGAGUCUGCGCUGGAGAUUGUGAAGAUCAUCGAUUCUAUGCAUGUUGAUGAGCUUCGGCCUCAUAUAUUUAUUGGUCAAGCUCGGGGGAAAGAGGGAUUCGAUGACGAAGAAUAUACGAGAAAGAACAAGCCGAAAGGCAGGAAAAAGUCGGAUCGUGCUCAGCGCUUGGAAGAGGAACAAACCAUAGCGGAAGAAAAAAGGAAAGAGAAGGAACAAAAACGUUUGCAAAGAUUGGCAAGCCGUACUGGAACUUCGGAAGAAGCUCAGAUAACAGGUAUGAAUCAGAAGCAGCAAAAAGACGUUCUAAAAAAAUUCAAAUCUGGUCUUUACAACGUUUUGGUGUGUACAUCUAUUGGCGAAGAAGGUCUAGACAUCGGAGAAGUGGAUCUGAUCAUAUGUUAUGACGCAACUGGCAGUCCGAUAAAGAAUAUCCAAAGAAUGGGCAGAACUGGGAGAAAGAGAGACGGUAAAAUAGUCCUCCUGCUAAGCGGUUCAGAAAACAAAAAAUUUGCCCAGGCGAUGGAGGACUACGCAGAGCUACAGCGAAUAGUGAGUAGAAACUCCCUGGACUAUAGGUCAUCUGACAGAAUUUUGCCAGUGGGCAUAGAGCCUGUCUGUGAAAAGAAAUUCAUAUCCAUAGGAGCGGAAGAGGAUGAGUUGAACAAUAUUGACGAUUCAGACGAGGUGAUCAAGUUCGCGACUCAGUCGAUGAUGGGAAAACUGGACACUGGGAAAAUAAAGGGAGCGAAAAAAACGAAGAAGCCUAGAGAGAAAGCAAAAAGAUUUUUCAUGCCAGAUAACGUUGAGACAGGCAUUGUGCCCGCUACGAAUUUAGUGAACACGUUCGUUCGUGAUGAACAUGGCGAGAAAGUCAAGGUUGAAAGACUAAAGAAUCAAGCUGACCUAAGAUACCAAGUUCUAGAUGACAUCGCUCUCGAGUCGCCGAUUUCAUCACCAGUCAAGCCCGAACCUGAACCUGCUAGUCAACUCGAAUCACUCAAAAUGACAACAGUGCUUGCGCGCCACAAGGCUGCCUUAAGAAAUGCAGGAACUGCAGAUACAGAAGAUACCGCCCUUUUCUCUGACUAUCCCAUAUCCUCCUCAAAACGGCCAGCAAGUUCUGCAACCCCAGUCAAUUCCUCCGAUGAAGCGAUUCCGCCGUUUAAAAGCGCCAAACGUGGUGGGAAUACAUGGACAUUUCCCAAUCCGCAUCAACAGGCUAUUCCUUUGACGGCGAAAAGCCAAGAGAGCAGUACAGGAGGGUACGAAGACAUUUACAGAAGCUCAUUCGGAGUAUCGGAUGGACUUUUAAGUUCACAAGAGCGUCAAUAUUUCGAGGAAAACUACUCUGCGCUUUGCGGUGUUUGCAUAGAGACAGUACCAGAUUUUGUUGUCAAGGUGAAGACAGGAGAUCUGCCGCAUUCAGCGAAAUCGCGACGGCUGAUAAAAGCUUUUAAGAAUAUGGAGGCCAACACAAGAGAGGGCAUAAUGGCAAUGAGCAAACAUAAAUCAUUAGCCAACGGACUGGAGGUGUCAGGAUGCAAUAACGAUUCUUUGCUUCCUACUUUGCACAAUGUCACUGUUGAGGACCGCGAUGUCAGAUAUUUCGCCGGUAGGACGUCAUUCUCAAACGCAACGUUGCCAGUUUCAAACGUCCCCCAUCUCACCAACCUAAAUCAGCUUUCGGACUUGACAGACUCGGAUCUUUCAGAAAGUUUCAACUGA